UACAGCAAUUUCAUUAAUAGUUAAAAAAAUUUAACCCUUGCCCUUCAUAAAAUUAUUCGAGACGCCCGCCAAGGUGAAUCUUUAAUUAUUUUCAGUUAUUUCUUACUGGUUUCAUAUUUUUAAAAACAUUUAACCACUAAAGAAAAAUGGCUUUCUCGAUCUCUUUUCAAUCGUCGAUUUUAACGACUACUAUUGGCGUAUUUAAAAGGUCAUUAUCCACUACACGUAUGCUAGCUAAUAAACAGAUGACUGUUAGGGAUGCAUUAAAUACAGCAAUGGACGAUGAAAUGGAACGUGAUGAAAGAGUUUUUAUUUUAGGUGAAGAAGUAGCAUUGUAUGAUGGUGCUUACAAAGUUUCUAGAGGAUUGUAUAAAAAGUAUGGUGAACAACGAGUGAUUGACACCCCUAUUACAGAAAUUGGCUUUGCAGGAAUUGCUGUUGGUGCAGCUAUGGCUGGAUUAAGACCAAUCUGCGAGUUUAUGACAUUCAAUUUUUCAAUGCAAGCUAUUGAUCAUGUUAUUAAUUCAGCAGCGAAAACUUUUUAUAUGUCAGCUGGCAGGGUAAAUGUACCAAUUGUAUUUAGGGGACCAAAUGGAGCUGCUGCUGGUGUUGCUGCCCAACAUUCUCAAUGUUUUGGAGCAUGGUAUGGACAGUGUCCUGGUUUAAAAGUUAUUUCUCCAUAUAGCUCUGAAGAUGCUAGAGGAUUAUUAAAAGCAGCUAUUCGAGAUCCAGAUCCAGUAGUAUUUCUAGAAAAUGAAUUAUUAUAUGGUAAUCAAUAUCCAAUCACUGAUGAAGUGUUGGAUAAAGAAUUUGUAUUACCAAUUGGCAAAGCAAAAAUUGAAAGAAAAGGUGACCAUAUUACACUUGUAGCACAUUCCAAAGGAGUUGAAUUAGCCUUAGAGGCAGCAAAAGAAUUGUCUUCUGUUGGAAUUGAAGCAGAAGUUAUUAAUUUACGUUCAUUAAGACCACUUGAUAUUAAUACUAUUAUAGAAUCAGUAGUACGAACAAAUCAUAUUAUAUCUGUGGAACAAGGAUGGCCAUAUGCGGGUAUUGGAUCAGAGAUAGCAGCUCAAAUCAUGGAAAGUGAAGCUUUCUAUCACUUAGAUGCACCACUUAUAAGAGUAACCGGUGCAGAUGUUCCAAUGCCAUAUACUAAAUCAUUAGAGAUUGCUGCAUUACCACAAAUAAAUGAUAUUGCAGAAGCUGUUAAAAGAAUAUUAGGUGUUAAAGACGUUUAAAUGAAAAACUGAUCUAUUUUAUAGAACAAACUCUGAUUGAAAUUUAGAUGCAACUUUGCCUAUUAUUAUAACCAAUUUUUACUAUUGGUCUAAUAAAUUAAUUCCAUUUAUGUUAAAUA